AUGGCUGUCGGCAAGAACAAGCGUCUCUCAAAGGGCAAGAAGGGUCUUAAGAAGAAGACCGACACUUUCGCGAAGAAGGACUGGUACAACCUCAAGGCACCCGGAACUUUCGCGGUUAGGGAUGUCGGCAAGACCCUCGUCAACCGCACCACCGGUUUGAAGAACGCGAACGACGCCCUCAAGGGCCGGAUAUUCGAGGUUUCGCUCGCCGAUCUCCAGAAGGAUGAGGACCACUCUUUCCGCAAGGUCAAGCUCCGCGUCGACGAGGUUCAGGGCAAGAACUGCCUGACCAACUUCCACGGCCUCGACUUCACCUCCGACAAGCUCCGCUCGCUCGUCCGCAAGUGGCAAUCCCUCAUCGAGGCCAACGUCGUCGUCAAGACCACCGACGACUACCUCCUCCGCCUCUUCGCCAUCGGCUUCACCAAGCGCAGGCCGAACCAGAUUAAGAAGACCACCUACGCCGCUUCGUCGCAGAUCAGGGCGAUCCGCAAGAAGAUGACUGAGAUCAUGCAGAGGGAGGCCAGCUCCUGCACUCUGGCUCAGCUCACCCAGAAGCUGAUCCCCGAGGUCAUUGGCCGCGAGAUCGAGAAGUCCACCCAGGGCAUCUACCCCCUUCAGAACGUCCACGUCCGCAAGGUCAAGCUCAUCAAGUCGCCCAAGUUCGACCUUGGUGCCCUCCUCGGUCUGCACGGCGAGUCGAACGCCAACGACUCUGGCGAGAAGGUUGAGCGCGAGUUCAAGGAGACCGUCCUUGAGAAUGUUUAAAUGAUCAUGGUUGAUUAGGCUGGGGUUUUCUGGGUCCUUUCAACUUUCUGCGGCAUGAUCUGGGCAUCCAAGAGGCGCUAUGUUUACAAUAUGAAAGGUUAAACAUACCCUUGAUGCGUUCCGGUCGCAGUGAUGGCGUGCAUGGGUACUGAUAUCCGCACUUGGUGUUUGCGGGAAAAGUAUCACGGAAAUGACAAUGACAAUUCACACCUAUCGGCCCCAUGCUUUGUCGCUGACCGUGUUGCCAUUGUAUGUACAUACAGUAAUGCCACCUCGAUACCCUGCAC